AUGGCCGUUCAGACGAUUCUCAUCGCCGCUGCAGCGGUCAUCUACUUCCUGGUGCGGUACAUGAACCGCACCGAUGUGCCCAAGAUCAAAGGUAUCCCCGAAAUCCCCGGCGUGCCUCUCUUUGGCAACCUCCUUCAACUGGGCACUCAGCAUGCCGUCGUCGCCCGGAAAUGGGCUAAGUCAUUUGGGCCGGUGUUCCAAGUACGCAUGGGCAAUAAGCGCGUUGUUUUCGCCAACAGCUUCGACUCGGUCCGCCAGCUCUGGAUCAAAGACCAGUCCGCCCUCAUCUCGCGUCCCACCUUCCACACUUUCCACAGCGUCGUAUCCUCCUCGCAGGGCUUCACCAUCGGUACCUCUCCCUGGGAUGAAUCCUGCAAGCGUCGUCGCAAGGCCGCUGCGACCGCACUGAACCGCCCCGCCGUGCAAUCCUACAUGCCCAUCAUCGACCUCGAAUGCACCGCGAGUAUCAAGGAGCUGUUCAAGGACAGCCAAAACGGUGCCCGCGAUAUCAACCCCAAAGCCUACUUCCAGCGUUUCGCCCUCAACACCAGUCUCACCCUCAACUACGGGUUCCGUAUCGAGGGCAAUGUGAACGAUGAGCUGCUGCACGAAAUCGUCAAUGUGGAACGUGGUGUCGCCAACUUCCGCAGUACCAGCAACAACUGGCAGGACUACAUCCCCCUGCUUCGUAUCUUCCCCAAGCAGAACCGCGAGGCGCAGGAGUUCCGUGAGCGUCGUGACAAGUAUCUGAGCUAUCUGCUGGAGAUUCUCAAGGAUCGUAUUGCCAAGGGCACCGACAAGCCAUGCAUCACGGGUAACAUUCUGAAGGACCCCGAGGCCAAGUUGAACGAAGCCGAAAUCAAAUCCAUCUGCGUCACCAUGGUGUCUGCCGGACUAGACACUGUCCCCGGUAACCUGGUCAUGGGCAUUGCAUACCUGGCAUCCGAGGACGGCCAGCGGAUCCAGCAAAAGGCCUACGAUGAAAUUAUGACGGUCUACCCCAACGGCGACGCCUGGGAGAAGUGUUUGGUGGAGGAGAAGGUGCCCUACGUGAGCGCGCUGGUCCGCGAAACCCUCCGCUUCUGGACGGUCAUUCCCAUCUGCCUGCCCCGCGAGAGCACCAAGGAUAUCGAGUACAACGGCGCCACUAUUCCUGCCGGAACGACCUUCUUCAUGAACGCCUGGGCCGCCGACUACGACGAAGACCACUUCAAGAUGCCGGAGAAGUUCAUUCCCGAGCGCUAUCUGGAUGUGGGUGAGGGUUCGGGCACACCGCACUAUGGCUAUGGCGCUGGGUCGCGCAUGUGUGCCGGCUCCCAUUUGGCCAACCGCGAGCUCUUCACGGCUUACGUCCGGUUGAUCACCGCGUUCACGAUGCACCCAUCGCGGGAUCUGGCCGAUCGGCCUAUCUUGGAUGCGCUCGAGUGCAAUGAGAUCCCGACGGGGUUGACGACGGAGCCCAAGCCAUUCAAGGUGGGCUUUACGCCGAGGGAUCCGACGAAGCUGCAGCAGUGGAUUGCCGAGAGUGAUGAGCGGACGAAGGAUUUGUAA